AAAAAUCAAAUUUUAAAUUUUUUUCAAAUAUUUUCUAAAAUGCGAUUUUGCUCAAAUAAAUUACUUGUUCUGUCUCACGAAAUAAAAGCUUUAUCUACUUCUAUUCGAACAAAUACAACAACAUCUACACAUUUCGGGUUUGAAAAAAUUAAAGAAGAAGAGAAACAACAAAGAGUCAAAACAGUUUUCUCAAAUGUAGCAAAGAAAUAUGAUUUAAUGAAUGAUGCAAUGAGUUUAUUUAUUCAUCGAUUGUGGAAAGAUUAUUAUGUCCAAAAUUUGCCUUUAAACAAAAAUUGUAAAGUUGUGGAUGUGGCUGGAGGUACUGGGGAUAUUGCUUUUCGAAUUGCCGAAAGGAUGGGGGCAAAUGGAAAUGGGUCUGUUACUAUUGUGGAUAUUAAUGAGAAUAUGUUAGAAGUUGGAAAGCUUCGAGUACCCCCAAAUUAUUCUAGUCAUUUAAAUUGGGUUACAGCUAAUGCAGAAUCUCUCCCUUUUGAAGACAAUUCUUUUGAUAUUUACACAAUAGCCUUUGGAAUACGAAAUUGUACACAUCCAGAAAAAGUUUUGAGUGAAGCUUUUCGGGUGUUAAAACCUAAAGGGAUGUUUUCUUGUUUGGAAUUUGGAAAAGUUAACAAUCCGGUUAUUCAAAAUAUUUAUGAUCUUUACAGUUUUGAACUAAUUCCAGUCAUUGGACAACUUUUAGUCGGUGAUUUUAAUAGUUACAAAUAUUUAGUUGAAAGUAUUCGUGUCUUUCCUGAUCAACAAAAAUUCUCAAAAAUGGUUAAAGAAGCAGGUUUUAAUAAUGUUACUUUUGAAGAAUUAAAUUUUGGAAUUUGUAAUAUUUUUUGUGGAAUUAAAUAA